AUGCGACGAACCCUGGCCUUCGGGCUGAUGUGGCGACUCAUCAAACUCUAUUCCCACAUAAUCAUCUGCGUAGCUCUAAUCGGGCUAUGCUACAUGGUGAUUCUGCGAGGGGUCGGCUCCCCGCGGAUUAGAGAACCUAGGCCGUUGAACAUGGAUUCGGAACUCCAGAGCAUAGAAUUGGAAGUACAGAAAAACCGCAUGGAACUCGCCGCCUUGAAACAGAAUCUCAACGAAGUCGAGAAGCGAAACGGAGUCAGAACUGUGACGGAAUCAGCGCUGGAUUCGAGCACCAUGAUCUGUGUGAAAAAACCACCGACCGUAGCCAAAACGGACUACAAUCUGUGGCAGGUGAUCCAAGAUGUGGAGUUCACGAACGAAGACGGCGGGGCCUGGAAGCAGGGUUGGAACAUCGAAUACGAUGCAACGCAAUGGCACGAAAAAAACCUUCUCAAAGUUUUCGUUGUGCCACAUUCACACAACGAUCCCGGUUGGAUAAAGACUUUCGACCAGUAUUACACAGAGCAGACCCGCAACAUACUCACCAUAGCCGUGAGCAAACUGAUGGAAUUCCCCGAUAUGAGAUUCAUUUGGGCCGAGGUGUCUUUUUUCGCCCGGUGGUACGACGACCAGCCGCAGGUCCAACGCGAUAAGGUUGCCAAACUGAUCAACGACGGUCGACUGGAGUUUGUGACCGGCGGCUGGGUCAUGAACGAUGAAGCCAAUACUCAUUACUAUGCGAUGAUUGAGCAACACGUGCUCGGUCACAAGUGGAUUGAGACGCAUUUCCCGAAGGCGCCAAAGCCUCGAAAUGGUUGGGCCAUCGAUCCGUUCGGGCUAUCGCCGACGAUGGCUUUCCUGCUGAAAGAGUUCGGUUUAAAGAAUAUGGUCAUUCAGCGUCUGCACUAUUUUCUCAAGAAACACCUCGCUAGCUCGAAGGCUCUGGAGUUCCAUUGGCGGCAACCGUGGGAUAACGUUGGGAACACGGACAUGUUCUGCCACGCGAUGCCAUUCUACAGUUACGACGUCCCACAUACAUGCGGUCCGGAUCCGGCGGUAUGCUGCCAAUUUGAUUUCGCCCGAAUGGGAUCAUCGAGGAUGUCUUGCCCCUGGAAACAGCCUCCGAUGAAAAUCGAUAAAAACAACGUGGCCGCGAGGUCACAAAUUCUCCUUGACCAGUACCGACGAAAAGCUCAGCUGUACCAGACAAACUCGAUCUUGAUCCCUCUCGGCGACGACUUCCGUUACGAUCGAGCCGCUGAGUGGAACGCCCAGUAUACCAACUAUAGAGCCAUCAUGGAUUACGUGAACAACAACACGAAGCUCAACGCUCGGAUCCAUUUUGCCACCCUCGAGGAUUACUUCCGUUCUGUGGAGGAAGAUUUGCGCACAUCGGCGGUAACGAUACCCAGUUUGAGCGGUGACUUCUUCACCUACGCCGACAAGAACGACGAGUACUGGUCCGGCUUCUAUACGUCGAGACCGUUUUACAAGUUCCUCGAUCGAAGAGCGGAGUCGAUUCUAAGAAUCGCUGAGAUAACGUCCAGUCUUGCCAGGGCCAACGGGAUGAAGUGCAAGAUCGACGCGGAGCUCGACGCCGCCAGGAGAGGUCUCUCCCUUUUCCAGCAUCACGACGGCAUCACGGGAACCGCCAAAACGCAUGUCAUGCGAGACUACGGGGCCAAGCUGAACAGAGCGAUUUCAGAUUCGAUGAAGAUCAUCCACCUAUCCACCGAGUCCCUGCUCGGCAACCCGAACAGCUGUGACUCCGACUUCGUCAUUAACCUAAACGGCACCACCGAGGGAUACUCGUCGCGAGUGGUAUUGGAUUUCAAAAAAUCCUCGUAUGACGUGGCCGUCGUGAACACAUUGACCAGCUACAGACGGGAAAUCGUCUCGAUUUACACAGUUUCGCCGGAUAUUACUGUCAAGGGAGCUGUGUCGCAGCUGUCUCCCGUUUUCGACGAUUGCCGGAUCCGGGAUGAUUUAUACGAGCUGAGCUUCGAAGUCGAGCUCCGUCCGUUGGAAAUCAAGUCGUUUGUGGUCACUCGCGGAGGUCAGGAAACCGCACCCUUAAGGGCCAGCAUCGACUUCUAUAAAAUUGGGUCUUGCUCCAAUAGUGGCGGGGGCGUCUUUCAGGUUAGUUCUUCGGAUGAGAAGAACAUGAAAAUCCAAACAAGUGGAAUCACGGCCACCUUCUCAGCAUACACCGGCCUGCUGACCCGACUGACGCAAAACGCCGCGCAGGCAUCUACGGAAAUCUCGUUCUGGAAAUAUUCCACACCCCAGGGAUCAGGCAAUACGAACAGAGACCGUUCGGGUGCCUAUUUAUUCAUGCCUGAGAAAGACGCCCCCACCGGGAUCCGAUUCAAUCCGAGCACAGUGGUUGUCAUCCAGGGAUCGUUGUUGAGCGAGGUAAUAUCGAUCACCCCGGACAUAACGACGCACUUCAGGAUCAAGGAGUCGCCGGGGAUCGACGGACAAUCCAUAGAAAUCCAUAAUAUCGUUGACCUGAGCAGGAACACCAAUUUCGAGCUGAUGAUGAAAGUUUCUACCCUGAUCGACUCGUCAUCGAUUUUCACCGACCUGAACGGCUUUAGCUACGUCGAGCGGAAAUAUCAACACCGCCUGCCGGUCCAAGCGAAUGUCUAUCCGAUGUCAUCGAUGCUUUACUUGCAAGACUCCCAAACUCGAUUGAGUUUGGCCUCGGCGCAGCCGCUCGGAGUCACGGACAGAGGCGAAAAAGGCACGUUUUACGUGUUCCUCGACAGACGACUGAAUCAGGACGACAACCGAGGGCUCGGACAGACGGUCACCGACAACGUCCCAGCUCUGAGUUCGUUCAGGCUUUCAAUUGAAUCCCAAGAGGAAGAGGAUCCCCGGCCCUCGUUGUUGUCUUUGUUAUCGUAUCACGCCUUAACUUCCCCCCUCCUGCCGCUCGUUGUGAACGGAAUCGGGAAAGAUUCGUAUUCGAGCUCGUCGACCCUUCAGCCGUGCGGUUUGCAUUUGGUAAACGUUCGCACUCUCGAAAGUAGUUCCGACGAGCCUCGGUUUUUGGUGACGUUGCACAAUGAGGGCUAUUCAUGCAGUGAAGUUGUACCCACCGAAGUGUGUCAAAUUACUGAUGCCGGCAUGGACUUGACAACAUUGUUCGGGCGAGUUUUCGAUGAGAAUGCCCAAUUUACGUCAUUGUCCGAUCUUCAUCCAGGUGAAGAUUUCCACAUCACGGAGAACAUUCAUGUCCCGACCAAUCACAUCAAAGCCGUGAAACUGUCCCGUAUGUUUACAUAGUGAGAAUUUCGCAUUGGAGAAAUAGGAAAUCGACAUUUAGGUUCUUAGAAUUUUCGUCGCCAUCGAGCAAGCGAGGGAAAAUCCGCCGUUGGACCUGGUUUUAGACUUCCCCAGCCACUUUCCCUCACUUGGGCCUUGGGCAUUAUGCAGCCUAGAUCUGGGAGUUGAAUGAGAGUCGCGUGUUGGCAACGACGACACAUGGAUAUUUUUGACGGAUCUACGUUUCCGAUCCCGGUAUUUUUCCCGCCCUUUGUUCCUGUUUCCGGAACCUUCCUCCGCUCCCUGAGUACAUUCCCCCGUUCGCCGAAAUCGAAUUCGUCCGAAAGGCUGCAAUGACUUCAAGCCACUCCAAACGCUCCAAACAGACCGAACAUUCGAGGGGAUCGAAUUCUCCUUCCUGUGGAUGAAGGAAAUCCUAGUGAGAGUUCUCCUUUCUUCAAAACUCAGCAGAAUAGUCGUGAUUCCUUCUCGAGGGCUUUUAUCAUAAUAAGCAUUAUUAUUACCGGAAGCAUCGCAUCGAUCGAGAAAGCAGGAGGAAUGAUCCUAUCUCGUAGCCUUGAGGACUAAAGCGUAAA